GGCUUUUUGCUCUUUUUUUUUUUCUGUUGCUUGUCGGUGUAGCUCAGACUUGGCUCUUCUCCGAUUUUUGGCGCCAAGACAUGCUUGGAGCGAUUGCGCGCAAGUCCACUCUGCCGUGGCGUCACGCUCAGUCCGCGCUGCCCGCAGUGAUGGGAUUGGCAUGCAGCUUGCCGCACAGUCUGCUCCAAGGUGGCUUGACGGGAGGGAGCACGUCACCGCAUCUCACUGUCUGUCGGCGACACGCGUCGAGUUGGCCGCCAAGACGACGCUCGCAUGGCGCCUUUUUCAUGCAUGGAGCCGCCCUGGAACAACGCAGCCGGCAUAGUGCCACAAGUUACAGCGGCUUUGGCCUGCUGGGGGCACAGGCUCACACUGCCCGGGCAAUGUCGAGCGCGCCCGCCAAGCCAGACCAACUCUCAACGUCAUUGAGCGUCGCAACGCUGCCUGCUGGAGACACACCCUCUGAUGGAAAGCAGCAUGCUCAUGCCGAGACAGCGUCGACGACCAUUCCAUCGGACAGUGCUACGCCAGAGCCUGUCAAGAAGGCGAAACGGACCAAGCGAGCUGCCGCUGCCGCUGCUGCUGCUGCUGAUGAUGCCCAUCCCGAGCAUCCUGACGCGCUGCUGACACCCAAGGACAAUGAAAAGUUCAACGUCGUUGUCAAGCAGACAAGAGGCGGGCGACAAAGCGGCACGGUCAAAACCUUGGGGCCACUGGAUCGUUCUCACAAGGUCGAGUCGCCCCCGCUUCGGCCUUAUCAGAUUGAGUGCAUUGACAAGUGCCUGCAGCAUGUAGCCGAUGGGAAUCGGCGGAUGAUUGUCUCGCUUCCCGUUGGGUCUGGCAAGACGGUCGUGUUUGCCAACUUGAUCAAGCAGCUUCCGCAGCCCAAACCAUCGGCCUUCAAAACGCUCGUGCUUGCCCAUCGCGAGGAGCUCCUUGUGCAAGCCAUGCACCAAGUUCACAAGUUCAAUCCCCAUGCGAAAGUUGGAUUGGAGAAGGCUGGGUUUUCAGCACCGCCAGACUGUGACGUUGUGGUCGCAAGCGUCUGCACGCUGGGACGGGAUGAGUCGGAACGCAUCUUGCGAUUCGAUCCAAACGAAUUCAAGUUGAUUAUUGUGGAUGAAGCACACCAUGCGGCUGCCGACACGUACAUUCGGGUGCUUCAGAACAUGAACGCCCUGUCUCCCGACUCGCACAUUGUCGUUUGGGGCUGCUCGGCGACUGUCCAACGCAAUGACCGCGAUCUCAAGGAUGUGUUUGACAAGGUCGUGUACAAUCGCACCAUUCAGGAGAUGUGGGAUGAAAAGUGGCUAGUUCCCAUUCGCUCGAGUCGCAUCUCAACAAGUGUCAAUCUGAACGCUGUUCGACUUCGAGGGAAAGAAUUUGUCGAGAGUGACCUGGCAGCGGAAAUUAACGUCGAAGCACGAAACGAGCUCAUUGUCAACGCUUACCUCGCUGGUGUGCAUGGAGUGCGAAAGUCCACUCUAGUUUUCGCGAUCAGCAUCGACCACACUGAAUCCCUGGCGAAGGCGUUCGUGCAGAAGGGCGUUGAGGCGCGCGCUGUGCACAGCCAGCACACUGCCGAGUAUCGAGCCGAAAGUGUGCGGCUGUUCAAGGAGCAGAAGCUACCCGUGCUGGUCAACUGCGGAAUCUUCACCGAAGGCACCGACAUCCCAUGCAUCGACUGCCUCAUCCUCGCGCGACCAACACUGAGCGCCAAUUUAUUCACUCAGAUGGUCGGGCGGGGCUUGCGAAGGCACGAGAGCAAGGACGACUGCCUUGUCAUCGAUGUGGUUGACCAACUCAGCAAGCAUUCGCUGAUGGUAGUUCCAAGUUUGGUUGGCUUGGACUCUAGCUUUGAUGCGCACGGUGGAAACAUUACCGAAGCGGCCAAACUGGUCAACGAUCUUGCAGCACAGGGAAUGCCUGCCAUGCUCGCCACGUCUGUCGAUCAGCUGGCGGCACUCUGCGACCCGGGUGAUGCACGGUUGGCAGCGUUCAAGCUCCUCAUUGGCGAGGUCGUUGGCAACGUUUCCUUGUCCGAAUCAGAAGAGUACGAUGCAACUCGCCAACUUCGUGGUCGAAUGGACGGCUGGUUUGCCUAUUCUUUGGGCAAGUGGUAUCGUCCCGUUCCAUUGAAGGGCUAUCUCAUGAUUCAGCAAGACGGACUAGGCUUGUUUCACACGCAAAUGCGCUUUACAGACCGCCGACGCAAGCCUCCAGUGGAAGAGGUCGGCGAGCCGCAGCCGUCAUUGGCUCUUGCGAAAAAGGAAGCCAAAAUCUAUCUGCGGGAUGCGUUUCCCGACAUCCAGGCGCUCCUGAACACCAAUGGCACUUGGCGCAAAGAGCCUGUGACGGACAAACAAAUGGACAUGCUCAGCGAGUAUCAUCCCAGCGUCGACACAAUCUUCCCUCGCCCAAUCACCAAAGGCGAGGCAUCGGAGCUGAUUAGCAGAAUGAAAGUUAUUGCUGCACUCGAGCGCUCUCGCUACGCCACCACGACUGCGAAAGAAGAAAUGGCUCGGGCUGCUCGCAUGCAAGCAUUUGUGCGUCCUGCAGCCUUGCGUGGGAUUGUGGAUGCAUCGGGACGCGGUUGAACCACGCUUUUGAAUUUGUUAUUUUUUUUGUUUUUUGUACAAUUGUAUACUCUGCCUCCUUCGACACCCUGA